GUUCCUCUGCUGAUUGCUGGUGUUGUCAGGUGAUGCAGCACCCCAGCGAAGGCGCUCAGGUCCUGAGUCUGCACAGUCAGCUGAAGGAAGUGUCCGUCCCUGUGGCCGAGAUCCGGGUUUAUUCUCUGUCCAGUCAGCCCAUCGACCGCGAGGGACCCAAAGCCAAGAUGAACGAUCGUUCUCCAGACAUUGAUAACUACUCUGAGGAAGAGGAGGAGAGUUACUCGUCUGAGCAGGAGGGCAGCGACGACCCCGUUCACCAUUAUCUAGAUGAUGAAGAGGACGAGGUGAGGAAGAAGAAACCCAGACGCAAACUUACUUCAAACGCCUCCAUUACUAGACAACCGAACAUCAAGCAGAAGUUUGUGGCUCUGCUGAAGAGGUUUAAGGUGUCUGAUGAGGUGGGUUUCGGGCUGGAGCACGUGUCCCGUGAGCAGAUCCAGGAGGUGGAGGAGGAUCUGGACGAGCUCUAUGACAGUCUGGAGAUGUACAACCCCAGCGACAGCGGGCCGGAGAUGGAGGAGACCGACAGCAUCCUCAGCACUCCCAAACCCAAACUCAGGCCGUUCUUCGAGGGAAUGUCCCAGUCGAGCUCUCAGACGGAGAUCGGCAGCUUGAACAGUAAAGGCAGUCUGAGCAGAGAGCCCUUCAGUCUUCAGGGAGAGUGUGAUAAAGUCAAACCCUCGCGCAGCCGCACCCUGGACGAGCCUCUGUCUGAGACGGACACGCUGGAUCUGAAUGAUCAGGAGUUGUUCAGUGAAGUAGGUCCCUCUAUAACAGUGUCUGUGGCUGAAAAACCACGAACACCCCUAAAAACCAGCAAGAGCGAGCUUCAGUCCGUGCCGUCGCCCAGGUUGGAUGGAGGACAGACGCCCCGUAAGCGCUGCACUCCUGUGAAAGAGCGACAGCUCUCCAAACCGCUGAGCGAACGAGCGAACAGCUCCGACAGCGAGAGAUCACCUGAACUCGGACACAGCACGCAGGUCCUCAGGAAGGCCGUCUAUGAUCAGUUGAAUCAGAUUCUGUUAUCUGAUGCUGCUCUUCCUGAAAGUCUCAUCCUGAUCAAUGGCACAGACUGGCAAGGACAGUAUGUUGCGGAGCAGCUUCAGGUUCAGAAGCAUCCUGUGGUUUGCACGUGUUCUGGCGCGGAGAUUCAGGCCGUUCUCUCGGCUCUGCUCACACGGAUACAGAAAUUCUGUAACUGUAACUCGUCGAUGCCGCGGCCGGUGAAGGUGGCGGUGGUCGGCGGUCAGAGUUAUCUGGGAUCAGUGCUGCAGUUCUUCGUCACUCAGCUGGCCAACAAGACGUCUGAUUGGCUCAAUCACCUCCGCUUCCUGGUGGUGCCUCUGGGUUCUCAUCCUGUCGCUAAGCACCUGGGUGCCCUUGACAACCGUUACAGCGCAGCCUUUCUAGACGGAGCCUGGAGAGACACAUUCAACCGAUCAGAGCCACCGCAGACAGAUGCGGUGGACGUGGCGGCGCGUGUGGCUCAGUACAUCAGCGGAGCGGCUCUCACACACCAGCUGCCCAUCGCUGAGGCCAUGCUGACCUGCAAACACAGAACGAGAGAUGAGGAUUCCUACCAGAAAUUCAUUCCCUUCAUCGGGGUGGUGAAAGUGGGUUUGAUUGAGCCUGGCCAAUCAGCAGUAGGCGACUCUGAAGAGGGCGUGGCUGUGAGUUUAGCUGUCCCCUCCACGUCUCCCCCCACUCACAGCUCACCCGGCGGGCUGAAGGAGAUGGCCACGCCCCCCUCGUCUCCGUCCAUGGGCGGCGGUCUGGCGGUGCAGGGGAGUCCCAGCAUGCCUCACGGCGGGGACGCCAUCGGUCUGCAGGUGGAUUACUGGCUGGCGUCUCUGGCGGAGAAGCGUCGCGAGGGCGAGAGGAGAGACACCGGCUGUAAGAACACUCUGAAGAGCGCCUUCUGGUCGCUGCAGGUCAGCCGUCUGCCAGGAGGAGGAGCCAGCGAGCCGCAGGCGCCCGUCAACACUAUGGCCAUGACCGUGGUCACCAAAGAGAAGAACAAGAAAGUUCCCACUAUUUUCCUGGGGAAGAAGCCUAAAGAGCGGGAGAUGGACUCUAAGAGUCAGGUGAUCGAGGGCAUCAGCCGGCUCAUCUGCUCCGCCAAACAGCAGCAGACCAUCCUGAAAGUCACCAUCGAUGGAUGCGAGUGGAACGACGUGAAGUUCUUCCAGCUAGCCGCUCAGUGGCCGACUCACGUCAAGUAUCUCCCGGUGGGAUUGUUCGGCUACAGCAAACCACCCUCCUAGGACGGCCCACUUUCACAGCCCCGCCCCUUCAACCUCAAUCUACACCCCAUUGCACACCACCGUCGCCACGUUCACAGUGCUGGCCAAUCACAGUUGAGAUGGGACUCUCAUGUGACCGUCUCUGGUGGGUGGGUAGGUGGAGUUGAAGACGUUCCAUUCGGCGGCUUCGAUAGACUUUUAUCAGCGCUAGUCACUUUUAUUUAUCAAAGGCCCCAGAGCCACAUAUGGGGGCCAAGCACAAAAUUUGGAUACACCACCUGCUUAAAUAACUCUCAACAACCCUCAAUAUGUCCCUUUAGGUAUCUGAUCUCUUCCAUCAUUGACCUCCAUAACCAGUAUAAUUGAGAAAUGCAGCUAAAAUCUACCAUAGUAACUGUAUUUGGAGAUAAACUUGCAGUUAUUGUUACUCAAGUAAAAUCAGCUUUCGGAAUCUUUCUGUUACUUAGCAACUAGGGAAUUUUGGCAGAAACUAUUGGUUGCCAUGGUAGUUUUUUGUGAACAGAGAUUCAAACCUGCAAAAAGCACCAAUGAAUAUUCUGAAAUUAGCAAAUUUCUCGCCUGUAGUAAGAAGGCGGAGUUAAACGCCAAUUUUACAUUGGAGGCGGGGCUACAAGGUGCCCAUCAGCCAACUGAGGAGUUUUUAGAUUUCCUAAAAAUCAUCUUUUGCAUAGUUUGUUUUAUCUUUCCAGUCGGCGACAUCUGGAAAUGCGCUGUUGACCUCCAACCUGCAUGUCUUAAACUACAUCACCCAUAAUGCACUGGGAAAGUUAACAUUUAAUGUUUACACUUAUGCACAAAUCGCUUUGCCUGAUGCAGUGGCGUCUCGCGUUCCCCUUGACACACGGAAGGUUAGUAGUUCACAUUGGUUAAUCUCUGUUAACUAGAAAAUAGAAUUUCAAAUUGGUUUUAUAUUAAUUUUUUAAACACGCUUUUAUGUGUCAGUUAUUGUUUAUUUUUAAAAGUGACCUUUUAGUUUAAAUGUGUAGCUCAUCUACAGGUUUUAUUUUAAUUCGUAAAACAUCUCCAAAGAUCUCUGGCCAAUCAGAAUGUAAACAUUACGGGACAGAAUGAGUCAGUCACCUUUAUACUACGUGCAACGGCAAACCCGAUUUAUAAAACUACAUUGUAUCGAUCAGCACAAGGCCUGACAUAAAGGCUGCACGAGGUUGGAGGUGAAAAUGUCACCGAUUAAGCCAGCAGAAUUGGGGAAGCUGUAGUUUUAUUGCUGUUUUUGGUUCUUGUUCGCAUCUUUACAGCUGGAAACUGGUUUGGGGAGAACUUCAAUGGUUUCAUCUUCAUUGGUUGUCAAAUGCUAUGCACUUAAACUCGCCUUCAUUUCUUCAUAUCUUUGUCCAAAGCACAAGAAGUGACCAGCUCCUCAUACAAAAUGCCCAAUUAAAACACGAUUCACAAACACUACCUUUACACACUGCAAACACAUGAUUUUCUUAUUUUAUUCUUAUUUUGUUUUUGUCUUUUCCAGUAUAAAUAUCUUAAAUCUUGAUACCUUUACUUGAGAAUCAAAAUGACUUGUACUGAAUUUUGAUCAUUUUUCAAAAACAGUGCUUAAUACAUUAAAUCAUUUGACUUUAUCUUGAUUUAAGAAGGUUUAGCCAUUUUAAAAUACUAGAAAAAACACUAUAAAAUACAAAAUAGGACAAAAAUACUACGAGAAUCAUUUUUUGCAGUGCAGCUGUGAACAAAACGUCUGAACUGAUCUGAGAUCAGUAAAUCUUGAGCUACAACAUCCCUUUAUUUUCUAGCUGGAGCUUGUUACAUUACUGCUUUCACAGAAGUACCAUGCUUUUAUUUUGUCUAGAACUUUUGUGAGAUAUUCUUGUGAGUGGUAGGUAAUGCAACUAACAACAUGUGACUGAAAUGUGGUUUUAAAAUAAUAACAAAACAAACGACAAAAAAGCUAUCUAUGAAAUGGUGUUGUGCCACAGUGAGAGUGAAGCCAGUGUGUAGUGUGUCGGUUUGUGUGUGUGUGUGUGUGUUGUGGACAGUAGUGCUCACUGGUUUAUUUAAUCUGUGGUGUUAACUGUAUGUUCUUCACGGCACAAGAUUCGGCAUCUUUCCACCCAGCUGACUUAUAUCCUUAGCAGCUUGAAAUGCUUGAAAUGCUGAUAAAUUAUUAAUAUACAAUGAUUGUUACGUGAUUAACUUGUUGAACUUGUAAUUUACUUUCAAACUGAAAGAGUGAAUCUCACAAAAACCUGUUGAAAAAAAUGUCAUAUUUCACAACAAAAUCAAAAGAAAGAAAUAAGAUUUGCUUAAAGAAAAUUCAGCCAAAUUUAGGAACAUUUAGGAUUUUGCUUUGUGACAUGAUUGGUAUAAUUUUAUCACAGUAAUGUGGCAAAAAUUGUAAGUGCAUACAUCAUGGUAGCAUUUGUUGUAAUUCCUUUCAUUUAGGCUGAUUUUGUAAUACAGAUAUUUGCAUUAACAAUCAUUUUAAUAUAAUUAUUAUUUUGUUUGUUUUGGUGAUAUAUGACCUGGAUGUGAGACUCACCCUAAAUCUUUCAUGUUUUCUGGAAUGAAGGUAUCAGUUUUUCUAUGGUUAAAAGUAUUAAGAACAACAAAGUAUUAAAGUCACGAUGGGUCAAUUAGAUUUUUAUUUGUUCCUGCUUCUUACAGAGAAUGUUUAGCAAUAGUUUUGAAGUGUGAGUGUCUUUUGUGUACAUCAAAAGAAAGUUCUCGCCUUUUUUUGCCCGUAUUCUUAGAAAAAAGUGAAACAUGUUAAUGUUGGUUAUCAGUACUGCACUAUGAAAACAAAUAUCCACACAUUAAUAAUUUGUCUAUAGCAGAUAAGUUCUUAAUAUGUUUUUAUAAAGCUGUUUAAAUUGCAUUUUUUAUUUUAUGAAUAUCUUUGUGAUUUAAAUCCUAUAAGGUUCAUAGAAAGAUGCAUACUCUGGCUGUCAUGAAAGCUGCAAGUUAUGUCAGAAAGCUUUUAAUAUUUCAGUCAGCGAUUGUGUCUAUAGGGUUUUGCACAGUCCUGUUGAGGCUUUGAUCAUUCCUCAUUGGAUCUGAAACUCAUAAAUGAUUUAGAGGGUCGGCAUGUUCAACAAAGCUUAGAAACCUUCUAGAAAAGACCCCCUUUAGAUGCUGAGCAUAUAAAGAGAAAAACCCACGCUGAAUAUUAUUUCAAACCAAUUAAAAUGUAUGUACUCUUGUUACACUUGCUGUCCGUGUUUUAAGCUUGCAUGAUGAGCAAACGUGCAAAAACUUGCGGCAACCUUCAAACAAGCGUUUUGAGUAAAAAAAAUAAAAUAAUGGCAACAAUUUCGGAGUCAAGGUUCAAAUUUUAUAUGGAUAUGUAUUGAAUGUAAAAAAAGGAGGGGCAAAAAAAAAAGUCACUGCCAAAGAGUGUCAGCUGUUACAUUUUGUUUUGUUUAUUUGUGUUUUUAUAUGUAUGGAAAAUGAUUUUCAGUAUUUAUGGAGCAGUCUGGAAUGGGAAUGGGAAGUACCGAAUUUUACCAAUCGAUUCAUAUCAAUAUGAAAAGAAAGAGUUUUCAACAACUACUAAUUUCCAUUCCAUCACUCGAACAUGGCUGUCUCUUUAUGCGUGUGCCGUUUGGAGUCUGGUCUUUGCCUGUCCUCGUACCUCUGUAUGUACCUGUGUUGAUUUGUCAUGUGAAAGUUCAACAACAUUAAGUGGAUUGAGCAUUCUGAUUGGUCAACUAAUUAUCCCAAUGGCCAAUCAGAGUGGCACUUGUCCGCUUCAGAUACUUUUUGUCAAUGUAAUCUGUUGAAGAGAUAAAAUGCCUGAAUUCCACAAGCUUCGGAUUCAAACCCAAAGUUAACCUACUGUGUAAAGUAAAUCAUUGCAUAAUAUUUAGUCGUGGAAGAUCAAGAACCGAGCUUGUGGAUGAGUAUUUUUGCACAUGCAUUUGUUAUCUUUUAGCAGUCUUCAGCUCUUUGCCUUUUUGCCUUUAGACAAAAACGCUUGUACAUAUCCAAAGUGCUUGUAAUAUGAACUCAUGUUCCUUUAUUGUGUGCUAUUUUUUUAUUUGACAUGUUUUUGUAGUAAUGCUUUUUCAUAAUUGAGUUGUCAAUCAAUAGAUGUGGUAUGGACAGUGGAAGUGUUACUUGUAUUCUUUUUUAUUUAAUAAACACCUGAUUUGUAAA